CUCUUUCUCUCUCUCCCUCCCUCUCUCUCUCUCCCUCUCUCUCUCGGCUCUCUCUCUCUCUCGGUUCAAGUCGCAUGCAUAUGUAAGCAGCAGGCAAGAAUCCAAAGCGCAAGGGCUCUCUCCUCUUUGUUUCAUCAGCUUCGGGCGGCGAUGGUGGGGCAGAGGAGGCUGCUGGCCGAGGCGCCGCCGGGCCAUCAUCACAAGCAGGGCGCGACGCCGCCGACGUGGAGCGCGGGGUACCUCAACGGGUGGCUGUCACAGCCCACCGGGGUGUUCGGGCUCCGCCUCUGGGUGCUCAUCGGCAUCGCCGUCGGCGCCGCCAUAGUGCUCGUGCUCCUCUCCAUCUUCGUCUGCCUCUCCCGCCGCCGGCGCCGGCGCGACGACCUACUCGCCGCCAACCUCUACCCCGCCGACACCAAGCUUCUCAAGCAGCACCUGCAGCAGGCCACGCCGACCAAGGACAUCCAAGAAAUCGUCCGCCGGCAGCAGCAGCAGACGCCCCCUCCGGCGGCGCAGCCUGCGGUGCAGCUUGCCAAAGCAGAGACGCCGCCGCUGCCACAGCAGCAGAGGGCGCAUGCGCCCGUGGUACCGGCAGCACCCACGCGGAAGACGCCCGGCAGCGGCAUGUCGGCCACGACGAGCGGCGGGAGCGAGCGGGACGGGGCCACGCCAAGGAGCACCGGGAGCGCCGCGGGGGCGCCGGAAGUGUCGCACCUCGGGUGGGGCCACUGGUUCACGCUCCGGGAGCUGGAGGAGGCCACGGACGGGCUCGCCGAGGAGAAUGUGAUCGGGGAGGGCGGCUACGGGAUCGUGUACAAGGGCACGUUGCAGGACUCCACCACGAUUGCCGUCAAGAACCUGUUCAAUAAUAGGGGCCAGGCUGAGAAGGAGUUCAAGGUGGAGGUCGAAGCAAUCGGUCGUGUUCGGCACAAGAAUCUUGUUAGGUUGCUUGGCUACUGCGUAGAGGGUGCUUAUAGGAUGCUCGUGUAUGAGUAUGUGGACAAUGGUAAUCUUGAUCAGUGGCUCCAUGGUGAUGUUGGGGAAGUGAGUCCACUAACAUGGGACAUCAGGAUGAACGUUAUUCUUGCAACUGCUAAAGGGCUGGCCUAUCUUCAUGAGGGGCUGGAACCGAAGGUUGUCCACCGUGACAUCAAAUCUAGCAAUAUUCUUCUUGACCAGCAAUGGAAUGCUAAAGUAUCAGAUUUUGGGCUUGCAAAGCUAUUGUGUUCGGAGAGAAGCUAUGUUACAACCCGUGUUAUGGGAACAUUUGGGUAUGUGGCACCUGAAUAUGCCAGCACUGGAAUGUUAAACGAGAGGAGUGAUGUUUAUAGCUUUGGCGUACUUAUAAUGGAGAUCAUCACUGGUAGAUCUCCUGUAGAUUAUACAAGAACACCUGGAGAGGUGAACUUGGUUGAAUGGCUCAAGACCAUGGUCGCUGAGAGGAAAGUGGAGGAAGUAGUGGACCCUAAGCUGUCCGCAAAGCCUUCUCCCAAAGUACUGAAACGGACACUUCUGGUUGCCCUUCGCUGUGUCGAUCCUGAUGCCAAUAAGAGGCCUAAAAUGGGGCAUGUAAUUCACAUGCUCGAAAUGGAUGACCUACUAUUCCGAGAUGAUAAGAAGCCCGGAAGGGAUGCUCAUCCUCAGACGUCAGACAGAUACAGCUCCAAGGAGGAUGGGGGCUUCAGCAAACGGUAUAGAUGAUGAACAACGUGAUACUACAUCGGAAUACGAGGUUGUAUGGAUUGUCAUUAGAUGCUAGCGAUAUUAACAGUGUUUUUUUGUUACAUUCUUUUCCCCCUCAUCCAAUCUCAUAACCUUGCUCUUUGAUUGUAUUAUAUGCGAGCAUCAUUCUAUGACACUUGAUACUCAAAUUA